AUGAAUCUUCGAACGGCAUUAGCUCUCCCACGGAGGACGACUCUUUUCCAUGCGUCUACAGUGGAUCUCCGACGCUGGCCGUCUAGCUCGGCCCGAGCUUUCUCCACAACUAUGCACCGCGAUGCGACGUGGGGCUUUGUCGGACUCGGACAAAUGGGGUACAAUAUGGCCAAGAACCUACGCGCCAAGAUCCCCGCAUCCGAUACCCUAAUCGUGCGCGAUAUCAACGAAGAUGCGAUGAAACGAUUUGCUACUGAGGCCCAGGAGGCUGCACGCAGCAAUGGCGCCACUGCCAAUGAAGGAUUAGUCGAGCUAGCAGAGAACGCCCGCGAGGUCGCUGAGAAAUCAACAGUGAUAGUGACCAGCCUUCCGGAGUCUCAACACGUCAUUGAUGUCUACCACUCUAUCUUGAGACAUGGCGAUCUCCCGCUGCUUGAGCAGGAGCGUCUUUUCAUCGACACUUCUACCAUUGAUCCUACCACGUCCAAGGAUAUUGCCAAUGCUAUUCACACCACGCAAAGCGGUCGCUUUGUGGACGCCCCUGUAUCAGGUGGUGUGGUUGGUGCCCGGGCUGGAACACUGUCAUUCAUGUUCGGCGCCUCUUCGCAAUCAGACGAGUUACUCGAGCGUAUCCGCGGGGUGCUCGCCUUGAUGGGCAAAAAGGCCUGGCAUCUCGGCGAGCCUGGUGCCGGAGUGUCCGGCAAGCUGGCCAACAACUACAUUUUGGCCUUGAACAACAUCGCCACGGCCGAAGCUAUGAACCUCGGUGUUCGCUGGGGUCUCGAGCCCAAGGCUUUGGCCGAAAUGAUCAAUUCGUCAACUGGUCGAUGCUGGCCAUCUGAGGUUAACAAUCCCGUUCCUGGCGUUGUUGAAACAGCCCCCGCGUCACGUGGGUAUGAAGGUGGCUUCGGAGUGAGCUUGAUGCACAAGGACCUGCGACUGGCUCUUGCGGCUGCGGAGGAGUCUGGCACUCCUCUUGCCUUAGGUUCCCAAGCACGUGAGGUAUAUAAGGCUGUAGAAGAAAAGCACCGUGGCAAGGACUUUUCAGUGGUUUACAAGUGGCUGCAGGAGAAGUCUGAAUAG